AAAGAUGGCGGAAGAAAGCCGUAUGAAUCUUGCUGCAUUGCAACAAGGCGAUCCGUAUAUCACGGAGAUCAUCGAUAUUGCCGUAAAAGUAGCGCUGUAUAAGUUUUCACAGCAGAUGAACCAAUGGAGUGUCACCGACAUUGAAGGCUCUCUCUUUGUCUACAAAAG